AUGGCCUCUCCUGCUAGCCUUCCGCGCAUUACCAUCCUGGGAUCCCUCAACAUGGACCUCGUCGCCUAUGUGCCACAUCAUCCCUUGCCAGGUGAAACUCUCACCUCGAACCACUUCAACACGUCCCCCGGCGGCAAGGGCGCCAACCAGGCCGUCGCUUGCGGCAAGCUCUCACGCGCCGCUGACCUGACCAACGCCUCGGCCGUCGUCUCCAUGGUGGGUGCCGUUGGCGCCGAUCCAUACGGUACCCUCCUGCUCGAUAGCCUCCGCUCCUUCGGCGUCGCCGUCGAUGCCGUUGCCGUCCGCCAAGACCAGAAGUCUGGCCUGGCCAUCAUCGUCGUUGACGAGCCCUCUGGCCAGAACCGCAUCAUCCUCUCGCCUGAGGCCAACCACUCUCUGCGCCCCUCGGAUUUCGAGUCCCUCCCUGGGCCUCGCCCCGACCUUCUGAUUAUGCAGCUUGAGAUUCCUUUUGAUACAGUCAUCCAGGCCCUGAAGGCUGCCAAGGCUGACGGCGUCCCCGUCCUCCUCAACCCGGCUCCUGCUCAGCCCUUGCCUGAGGAUGCCUACGAGGGCCUGGCUCAUCUCGUAGUGAACGAGACCGAGGCGGCCAUUCUUGCAGACUGUGCCGAGUCCGAGCUGGACGACCUCGACGGCUUGAACCGUGUUGGCCGUGUCUUUAUCGAUAGAGGAGUCCAGAACGUCAUCAUCACUCUGGGUGGCCGAGGCGUCUACUACGUCAACAAGGGAGGCAAAAGCGCGCUGCUUCCUGCCACUAAGACGACGGUGGUGGACACCACUGCUGCCGGUGACACCUUUGUUGGUUCCUACGCCCUCGCUGUUGUAGCUGCACAAGGCGACGACUUUGACAUUGAGGCGGCCGUCACCACGGCAAACCGAGCGGCUGCCAAGACGGUCUCACGCAAGGGUGCUCAGAUCUCUAUUCCUUGGAAGGACGAGCUAGAGUAA